GCAUCUCGGAGUAGCUGUCGCCGAAGACCCAAACCUUGGAAGACGAGGAUGAGGAAGAGGAACAGAUCGAUGCGUUCCGACCUCCCAUGGCGUCGCAGAGAGAUCGCGAGAAUUACGUCUACAUCGCCAAGCUCGCCGAGCAGGCCGAGCGCUACGACGAGAUGGUGGACGCGAUGAAGAAGGUAGCGAGCCUAGACGUCGACCUCACCGUGGAGGAGCGAAACCUGCUGUCGGUGGGGUACAAGAACGUGGUCGGGGCGCGGCGGGCCUCGUGGAGGAUCCUCUCUUCGAUCGAACAGAAGGAAAAGGCCAGAGGCAAUGAGCAUCACGUCAAGCAGAUCAAGGAGUACCGGCAGAAGGCGGAAUCGGAGCUCUCCGGCAUCUGCAGCGACAUCAUGACCUUGAUCGACGAGCAUCUAAUCCCGUCCUCCACCGCCGGGGAGUCAUCGAUUUUCUUCUACAAGAUGAAGGGAGAUUAUUAUCGCUACUUGGCAGAAUUCAUGACUGGCAAUGAGAGGAAGGAUGCUACAGACAAGUCUUUGGAAGCAUAUCAGGCAGCUACCAGUACAGCUGAGGCAGAUCUGCCUCCUACACACCCAAUUCGCCUUGGUUUGGCAUUGAAUUUCUCUGUGUUCUAUUAUGAGAUCAUGAACUCACCUGAAAGGGCUUGUCACCUUGCCAAGCAAGCUUUUGAUGAAGCAAUUUCUGAGCUGGAUACAUUGAGUGAGGAAUCAUACAAAGACAGCACAUUAAUUAUGCAACUUCUGAGGGAUAACCUCACAUUGUGGACCUCUGACAUCCCUGAGGAUGGAGUAAGAUUAGCAUGGAUCACAAUAUGAGAUCCUGCUACUUAAUUGGAGUUGGGUGGAUAACGUUUUCUUUGGCUUUCUCAUGCUGAAGUGUGAUGGCGCCUUACAGAUAUAUCAACCUUUACGAGAUGAAACUAUGUAAAUUCAUUCUGAUUCCUAUUCCUUAAAAUAAAACAUUUGGGAAACUGUGGAUUCUCGGUGACCUUCUGUGCUGUUUGUGAGUGUUUAAUUUAUUUUCUAAACUUUACCCUGGCAGUGCAACCCAGCAAAAGCUUACUUUUCUUAUAUUUUCGGUUAUUCACUUCUCGUGAUCUUAACUUGAUUAUCUGUCAUGUUUGCACCCUGAUUGCUGA